UGCCGGAGGGACAAAGCAGACAGAGAAAGAGACAAGCACGCCUAAGAAGAAGGAAAGCAAAGUCAGCAUGAGUAAAAACUCUAAACUGCUAUCUACCAGUGCCAAGAGGAUUCAGAAGGAAUUGGCUGACAUCACCUUAGAUCCACCUCCCAACUGCAGUGCUGGCCCCAAAGGUGAUAACAUCUAUGAAUGGAGAUCAACCAUUCUAGGACCUCCAGGUUCAGUCUAUGAGGGAGGUGUUUUCUUCCUUGACAUCACAUUUACACCAGAAUAUCCCUUCAAGCCUCCAAAGGUAACGUUCCGGACAAGGAUCUACCACUGUAACAUUAACAGCCAAGGCGUCAUCUGCCUGGACAUUUUAAAGGACAACUGGAGUCCAGCGUUAACCAUUUCUAAAGUUCUCCUCUCCAUCUGCUCCCUCCUCACAGACUGUAACCCUGCUGACCCCCUGGUUGGAAGCAUUGCCACUCAGUAUAUGACUAACAGAGCAGAGCAUGACAGAAUGGCCAGACAAUGGACCAAAAGAUACGCUACAUAAACGGGAUUUUCGUCAAACUCUUACAUUAUUUGUCUGUGAUGGAAAGAGCUGCUUAUGAUUUUGAAGGGGUGGGGGGAGGGAGGGUGCUGGUAAAGAGUAGGGUAUUUCUAUAACAGAUUUUAUUCAGUCUUUUAUUUCCUAAGAUUUUGUUGUUGUAACUUAAGGUAUCUUGCUACAGUAGACAGUUAGGAUUUGGAAUAGCAUACUUUAAGACUGUAAUUAGUUCAGCAAUAUUAGCUCACAUAUAGUACCGAGAAGAAUGUAAACUUCUUAGACUUCUUUGGUUUUCAGUUUGCUUGCAAUAUGUAAAAGAUUAAAACAGCUUAAUUUUGUACAGGUACAUAGGUUGACAUUUAUGUAAAAGUCCUUUCAAGACUACACACUGUUUUUGCAUUUUGUUUGUUUUGUUUUGAGGGAUUUAUUUUAUUCUGGGUUGAGUUUCUUUUUUUUCUUUUUUCUUUUUUUUUUUUUUUUUUGUAAAAAGAUGUUGGGAUUGUUUUUCCCUAUGGAGGGCACAUUGGUAUUUAACAAAUCCUUUUUAAAGACUGUCAUCUCAUGAUCUGUGAUAUGGAGAGGUGGAUAUAUGGCCUCAUAUAUAAAAUGAGAAGUAGUUAAUGUAUUAUUUUAUAAGCCAAUCUAUCUUUGUGAAAAGAAUAAAGGGUUUAAUCAGGACUUAUGGUAACCUGUAGUGAAAUACCUUAAGCUGUUUAACUGUAAGGUGUGGAAUAGGAGUCACUCAGUGGAUUGGUUGUAUGUUGUGGGCUACUUAAGUCUGCAUUUGUU